GCUGCUAGAAAUCGAUUUCGAAACCAAAACUAGGAAGUAUUUCCGACAAAAGACACAUCGGGUAGGACGUUCAUGUCAAAAGCCAGGACGUAAAGAAGUCGAUGAAGGAGCGAUUCUGCAGUUGUCCCGUAGAAUAAAAAACUGAGCACUAACACCAAUAGCCAAUAAAAUAUCACAAGACAUACGAUCUCGACAGCUAGACCAUAAUCCACAACCAAUCAAAUAUCACAAGACAUACGAUCUCGACAGCUAGACCAUAAUCUACAACCAAUCAAAUAUCACAAGACAUACGAUCUCGACAGCUAGACCAUAAUCUACAACCAAUACAAAUAUCACAAGACAUACGAUCCCGACAGCUAGACCAUAAUCUACAACCAAUACAAAUAUCACAAGACAUACGAUCUCGACAGUUAGACCAUAAUCUACAACCAAUACAAAUACUACCAGAUCAUAGUGUCAGACGGUGAUCAACGUAUCACUUGAAUCAACGUAUCCUAGGUGUGGACUAUAGCGUUAAUUGCAGAGCGCAUUUUGGAGACAAUAUCAAGAUGCGAAAAUACACAACAAACAAUGGACUGAAUAUCACAUGCUACACUGGUGACGUCACUAGAGCCGAUGCAGAAGGAAUUGUGACUGGCCAGGGUUGCGAUAUGAAGAAACCUAGUAUGGUGACGACGUCACUUUGUCAACUAGCGCGGAUUGAGCACGGUGUUCUCGCCAAUCUCAUCGCUACUGAACGCGGAACUGGUCGCCUUGAGUGGGGAGACGUUUACUGUUUUCAGCCACACCAUUACAGGAUCUCACUCCCAUUCAAAACAAUAUGUUUUGCUGUUGUCAUGCAUUAUGAUGCCGCCCUAAUUAAUUUUCAAUGGAAACGUAGCAUGCUAAAGCUAUACAAGGAGAUUUUAAAGGAAGCGAGCCGACUGCGCUUGAAGUCACUUGCAGUACCUCUACUGGGAUCUGGACAGGGUAGAGCUCCCUUGCCACUUGCCGUGGGUGUUCUGGUAAAAGCAUUGUCUGAAUUCCAAAACCAAAUGCUCACUGAUGUAUUGAUAGUUAGUUCUACUCCUGGAGUUCACAGUGAAGUUAUAAAACAAUGGGAAGAACAGUUUUCUAAAGCUACAGAUGCGAAGAAAGGUGCAACACAGCUUUUCAAAGGUAUUAUCCAUGCAGUAGAAAAUGCAUUACCAUGGAACACAUGCGAUCGAAAUGCUCAAGAAUAUGGCAUGCAUCCUGUCAAUCAUUCAGGAAAGACACACGGCACGAAUUCCAGAAAUUACUUGAAUAGUCAUCGAUCACCAAAUAACUCCAGUUCUUUUGGCAGACGUACUGGUAAGCAGACAUCAUUGGACACGGAACGACCUGGUCAGAAAGCCUCUACACAAUUUGAUGCUUCUAGAAGGAAUAAUCCAUUCCGCCAUCAAAUUGAUACACCAAGAAGAAAUAAUCAAAUUAGAGAUGGACAAGUGUACAAUAUAACAAAAGCCGAGGCAAGGCCACACGACAGAUCUAACAGAGACUUUAAAGAAAAUACCAGUAUAUACACUGUCAGUACUGGUGCCUGUAACACGACUGCGCCCAGAACGGAUUGGCAGAAACCAUUUGAUGAAGAGACAGAGAUGAUAACGCCAUCUCAGUCAGACGGCAGUACAUCAAGAGACUUUCACACAGAAUCAAGAGAAUCAGAUGUGCAUUUCGUUUUAAACGAAUCAUUUGAUUUAGCAGAAGGUGCAACUAAACAGACGUCUGAUUCACCAGAAGAGUCAACAAAACUGAUUUCUGGUUCUAAUUCAUCAAAUGACUCGAGUAAACAAUAUACGUCUGAUUCAUCAGAAGAGUCAAACGAAUAUCUGACUUCUGAUUCUGUGCCAAGUAAUCAUGAAGACUACCAGACUAGUAAGACAAAGGGACAUAGUUCGAUGGUUCCACUGCCAAGUGAAGGCAAACAGAGUCAGUCAGGAGACACACAUUCAACAGAAAACACAACUGACCAACAGUCUACCGUUUCCAAGACAACUGGACCCGAUACCUGUGCUAUCUGCAUGGACGAGAUCACCAACCCUAAACGUCUGAGUAAAUGCGGCCACACGUUCUGCACGGACUGUAUCGACAACUGUUUUAAUAACUUCAAGCCUGUGUGCCCCACCUGCAACAUGGUGUAUGGAAUCCUCAUCGGGGACAUGCCUUCUGGGACAAUGAGGAACAAGGUCAUUCCUGGCAUGAGUUGUCCUGGUUACGAAGGUCACGGGGUCAUCAUCAUUAACUACUACUUUCAAGAUGGAAUUCAGACAGACCAGCACCCGAACCCAGGCAAGCCAUAUCACGGAACUAGACGAAGAGGGUUUCUUCCUGACACCGAGGAGGGGCGAUCCAUACUCCGCUUGCUAAAAAUAGCCUUCGACCGGAAGCUGACGUUUACAGUUGGUCGCUCGACCACGACCGGAAGAGAAGACAUGGUGACGUGGAAUGAUAUUCACCACAAGACAAACACGCAUGGAGGACCAACCAGGUUUGGAUACCCAGACCCGACUUAUUUAUCACGAGUUAGAGAUGAACUGGCCAGCAAGGGUGUGACGGAAUAGCAAGUAUGAACUCUUCUAACUGGCCAACAAGGGUGUGGCGGAAUAGCAAGUCCGAACUCUUCUAACUGGCCAGCGAGGGUGUGACGGAAUAGCAAGUCUGAACUCUUCUAACUGGCCAGCAAGGGUGUGACGGAAUAGCAAGUCUGAACUCUUCUAACUGGCCAGCGAGGGUGUGACGGAAUAGCAAGUCAACAAAACUGUUAGCUGUUUUCAUGACACUGUCCCGAGUUUUGCUGCCAUUUAAAGUUAAACUUUGUUGGUUAACGACACCACUAGAGCAUAUUGAUCUGGGUGUCAAAUAUAGGGUAAUUAGGUAUGUAAUUUUAGUUAAGACUUUUAUAUUAGUUAGAAACAUCUUACAAUGUUAGCACACUCUCGACAGUCUCGUUUUGAGAUUUAUCACCAGGCAUACUUGUACAUACGUUUCCAUCUCAUUUCUUCCCGAUCUGGCACUCCUAUCUUUAAACUUGUGCUUGUCUCUUGUGGCUAUUCGUUCCCCACACCUGUCAUUUCCCAUCAGCUUUUAGCUGUGGGCUAAGUCUGACCACUUCGGGGACUGAUCAGUGGUUACUUAUGGCAUUGGAAAUACACAGAGACUGCACCCGUGGAGGAAGUUGAGACAUGUAGGCGAUGCUAUUGACAAGAGAAGACAGGAGUCGGUGGAAACUGACAAACACGGUGGAAACAGAUUGAAAUCAUGGGAGAAAUUGGAAAGGUAUUUAUAUUAAGAUAAUGAGAAUGACAGGCAGAUGGUGAUAGAUGAGAAAGAUGAAUGAAAGUGUGAGCCAGCUUUGACGGGAUUUGAACCACUGUCGUCAACUUGAUUGUCCUGUAGCUUAUCCACUAGACCACGGAGCUCACUACUUGUACAUAAGUUGUUAACUUACCGAUAAUCAGAGCCAUUCUCAGAUAACGAUCGUUUUGUUUUAAAUCUCAACUUUAGUCACAAUUCCCAACCUUAGUAACGUCUGUUUUAUACAUAUUAUAGGAGUAUUUUUAAUUCUCUAACUUUGCAUUCAUGUUUUAAUCGCAAGUUCCAUACAAAUAUGAAGAUGUCCAGAUGACUUACAAAUACAUGUAAUAUUACUUCUGAUUAUUUUUAAGUGUUAUUCUUAUGUUUCGUUGUCUCCUUUGAUAUUAACACAGUGUAGGUUUUUUCUUUUGUUGUUUUACCAGAAUGUUAAAUGAAUAACAGAAGUCACAAGUUGGCUUGAAGGUUGUAUUUUCCUUUCCAACAUGAAACAUCUUUAACAACGUGGUAAUACAGAUAAUAUAGGUCUCAGCUCUAUACAGGACACACAGGUCUCCCGAUAGAGUUAACACUGCGACUGAGAAUAUCAAGGGGACGAACAGCAGAGCUGUUAUUCUUGGGUCUGUCUUUCAUGUGUACAAAACGAAUAUUUAUAUUUGUCGAUACGUAAUUGCCAUGGUUUCUAGUCCUUAGCUGUUAAGUUGGGGCUACAAUUAAAAUCCAUCGUGUACUUGAUUGAUGUAAUUUAGUUUCACACUAAUUGGUUUGAUUCCUUGCCUCUAAUUAACUAACACUAAGUUAUAGCAUGAAUGGUAGGUGACAGAAUAACAAUUAAUUGAAUCGUAUAUAUAUAUAUAUAUAUAUAUAUAUAUAUAUAUAUAUAUAUAUAUAUAUAUAUAUAUAUAUAUAACCCGUCAUAAUAACAAGUCACGUGACCAAAAUUACUUCGACACAAUUGGCCAGACAUCAUCGCCAAGAGCUGUGCGAAUGACGUCAAAACAAUUGGCGCGAACACGUAAUGACGCUUGCCCCGCCCAUAUCAAGUAAUAAUGAACCUAUGAAAUGCCGUCUAAAUCGGUUAGAAGGAAGGAAGGAAAUGUUUUAUUUAACGACGCACUCAACACAUUUUAAUUACGGUUAUAUGGCAUGGGCGGAUCCAGGAAAUAUUUUUAGGGGGGGGGGACCAAAAA